AUGCCUCACAACACGUCCGAUGGAGGGAAGCGGAAUUUCUCCGGCCUCAAUAUGAGCAACAACCAGAAGGUCACGGGAUCGACUGGCCAAAAGAUCAAGAACUUCUUCCGGAUACCUUCGAAAACCGGCACAGGCGACUCCGUAGGAACACCUACUUCCGAGACAGAGCCCUCGCAGAAGGAGCAAAAGGAUGACGGCACUCGGACCCCGCAAUCACAGAACACAAAAAGUCUGCGGAACAGCAGAUUCAUGCCACAUCUUGGUAGGAACAGGAGUCACACUGUGGCAUCCGAAGGCAACCCGCUCGACGAUGGCAUGAGCCCUACUGCCCACGUCAACCCGUACUUUCAACAUCAAGGCCCGCCCGCGUUACGGCAUCACAACGAUAGCAGCGUUCCACCUUCACCGCCAGACACUCCCGGCACACCGAAGAAAGUUGGCGCGGAUAGUCUUUCGAAGGAUGCAGCGGGCACGUCUGGCAAGGAAGAGCUCGCAAGAAAGCUGAGGAGAGUCGCCAGUGCGCCGAAUGCGCAAGGACUUUUCAGCAAGAGUAAGAGCAAGGGCAGCGCGGAUAGCAGUGGUAGCAGACCGCAGACCAGCGAUCUGGACUCUCCCAUGAAGGCCAAUGGCGUGCUUGGACAACAUGGCAAUGCUUCUGCGUUGUCGAUGGUGGAGACGAUGCCGCAGAACGACGACCUGCUUCCUGUUCCCGGCAUUCCUGGUAUUGAGGGCAAGCUUACGCCCGGGAAGAUCCGAAAUAGCGUGGCCUUUAGAAGGACGUACAGCAGCAACAGCAUCAAAGUGCGGAACGUGGAGGUUGGGCCGUCGAGCUUCGACAAAAUCAAGCUCAUUGGGAAGGGUGAUGUCGGAAAGGUGUACUUGGUGAGGGAGAAGAAGAGCUCGAGACUAUACGCCAUGAAAGUCCUCUCGAAGAAGGAGAUGAUCAAGCGCAACAAGAUCAAGCGUGCACUCGCUGAGCAGGAAAUUCUGGCCACCUCCAACCACCCAUUCAUCGUUACGUUGUACCACUCGUUCCAGUCGGAGGAUCACCUGUACUUAUGUAUGGAGUACUGCAGUGGAGGCGAGUUCUUCAGAGCCUUGCAGACGCGGCCAAACAAGUGUGUGGACGAAGAUGCGGCUCGAUUCUAUGCUGCUGAGGUUACGGCUGCGCUGGAGUAUCUGCACUUGAUGGGCUUCAUCUACCGAGAUCUGAAGCCAGAGAACAUCCUGUUACAUCAGUCAGGACACAUCAUGCUUUCAGAUUUCGACUUGUCCAAACAGUCAGAUCCAGGUGGUGCACCCGCAAUGCUCCUAGCGGCGAGCAACUCGAGUUCCGGGCGCCUGCACACCGGCGGUAUCACGUCGAAUCCUUCACCUAACAACAUGCCCACGAUCGACACAAAGAGCUGCAUCGCGAACUUCAGGACCAACUCGUUUGUUGGAACAGAGGAGUACAUUGCACCAGAAGUGAUCAAGGGCUGCGGACACACGAGUGCGGUCGAUUGGUGGACGCUGGGCAUCCUGAUCUACGAGAUGCUUUUCGGCACCACGCCCUUCAAGGGCAAGAACAGGAAUGCCACGUUUGCAAACAUCUUGCGAGAUGAAGUGCCCUUCCCUGAGGGCUCUGGACACCCGCACACCAGCAACCUCUGCAAAUCGCUCAUCCGCAAACUCCUAAUCAAAGACGAGCUCCGCCGCCUGGGCUCCCGCGCCGGCGCCUCCGACGUCAAAGCCCACCCCUUCUUCCGCAGCACCUCGUGGGCCCUCCUCCGCCACUCCAAACCGCCCAUCGUGCCUAACCAAGGCCGCGGCAUCGACACGGUCAACUUCCGUAACGUGAAAGAAUCCGGCUCGGUGGACUUGGGCGAGGCGCCUCCGACAGGGAAGAAUAAAGGCUGGCAGGUGCCCGCGAGCAAGAUGAAGGGCGUGCCGUUGGAUAGCGGAUUGGACACGCCUGGUGGGGAGAUUGCGGAUCCGUUCGAGGAAUUUAACAGCGUGACGUUGCAUCAUGAAGGGGAUGUCGGGGAUGAGGGGCCGGUGGUGAAUGGACAUCGGUAG